GUCCCGUACACCCACAAGCCUGUGUCUGAACCCCACCUUCGCAGUCCCGGCAUCAUCAAAGCUUUCAUCCAGAUCUCAAACAACCAGGCUACUUUCGUCAUUGACACGCGCUACCUCUGGCGCCACUGGCAGCUUGAUUGCCCAAGAUGCAGACCAUGAUCCACCAUAUGGAAGACUGCCCGAAGCGCAUUCGGGUCGUCUUUGAGGGUAUCUAUAUCAUUGACACCAAGAGGGCGAAGCUUGUAUGGGAAAAGCCCCAAUACCCGACCUACUUCUUCCCCAACAACGAGCUCCCGGCCUGGUACCUCCACAACAUGCGCCUCAUCCCGGACGGCGCGCUCUACGACAUCGCCGCGGGCCACAAGCGCGCGCCGAACGGCCUGACGAAGUACAGCAACCCGAUAUCGCCGCUGGAGGGCUUCUUCAAGCUGGACUUCAAUGCGAUGGACGCGUGGUUCGAGGAGGACGAGGAGAUUUUUGUGCAUCCGAAGGAUCCGUACAAGCGCGUCGACGUCCUCCAAUCCUCGCGGCACGUCCGCAUCGAGAUCAAUGGCCUGAUGGUCGCCGAGACCCGCGCGCCGCGCAUGCUCUACGAGACGACACUCCCGCCACGCACGUAUAUCCCGCAGACAGACUGCCAGGUUGAGCUGCUCGUACCCUCGGAGACGACAUCGCGGUGUCCGUAUAAGGGCGAAGCCCGCUACUGGAACGUCCAGCUCCUGAACGGCGAGAUCAUCAAAGACAUCGCCUGGUCAUACCGAUACCCGACCCUGGAGAGCAGCAGCAUCCGCGGGUACGUCUGCUUCUACGACGAGAAGGUCGAUAUGUGGGUGGAUGGGGAGAAGCAGGCGCGGCCAGCAACGCAGUUCGCGUGA